UGUCAGUUGUCUAACGUAGCGCCAGCAAGCCACUGUAUUUCGUUACCAUCCUGCAGUAAAUAGUGCAAAAAAAACUCCCUCCUUCCACCAUGAAAUUCGCCGUCGUGUUUGCCGCCGUUCUGGCCGUCGCUCUUGCCGCACCCGCCGACGAGCGGGACGCUCAGGUGCUGAAGUACGAGAACGAUAACCUGGGUGUCGAUGGAUACAACUUCCAGUACGAAACCAGCAACAACAUUAACCGCGCCGAGACGGCCGAGCUGAAGAACUUCGGAGACGAUGUGGCCGCCCUGGUCGUCCGCGGCUCGUACUCGUACACCGGCCCCGAUGGACAGGUCUACACCGUGAACUACGUCGCCGACGAGAACGGUUUCCAGCCGGAAGCUCCCCAUAUCCCGCGCCUGUAAGGAGGG